UGGUGUUAAUCAGGUUUUAUUUAACUUGGAUUUUUGAAUUUAUCAAUGCGGGAAGGAGAAGCAGAUCAAAUUGGAGAAGAAGCUCGAGGUCAAGCGAAUGUAGUAUCAAACGUUGAUGUGGCAGAUGCAACCGAAGUUCGUUCUCCACUUAGGCGAAGUAAACGAAGGCAAAUCAGAUUGGAAGAAGAAGAGGAUUUAGAGGCUGAAGUUCCUGCUCCUGAUAUUGACGAUGACUGUGCAGUCCAAGGAGAUGAAGACUGCGAUGAGGUUGAUGAUGCAGUAGAUAAUGGAGAAGAGGAAGCUCAAGAUGCAGUUGAAGAUACAGCUGGUUUAGGUGUCGAAGAAGAUGGUAAUCUAGACAUCGAUAGAGAUUUUCCAGAGGCUAAUAGAGAAGAAGAAGAAGCUAGUGACAAUGACAGCGGAGAUGAUAUAUGGGAUGAAGACAAGAUUCCAGACCCUUUGUCAUCUGACGAUGAAGAUGAUGAUAGAGUAGAGGAAGCUCGAAAUGAUCUAGGCGAUCCUGAAGUUUUACUAGCAUUGGAGAAGACUUAUAACUCGCCUGAAGAUUUCAAGCUUGCUCUUUUGAUGUAUUCUCUAAAAACAAGGUAUGACAUUAAACUUUACAAAUCUGAAGCUAUGGUGGUUGCUGCUAAGUGUGUGUAUGUUAGUGAUGAGGGUGUUGAAUGUCCGUGGAGAGUCCGUUGCUCUUAUGAGAAGAGCAAACAUAAGAUGCAAAUAAGAACUUAUGUCAAUGAGCAUACUUGUGUGAGGUCCGGAUAUUCGAAGAUGUUAAAGGUGUCAUCCAUUGGGUUUUUGUUUGAAGAAAGGUUGAGAGUGAAUCCAAAGCUCACUAAACAUGAGAUGGUUGCUGAGAUCAUGAGAGAAUAUAAGUUGGAAGUGACUCCAGACCAAUGUGCUAAGGCAAAGACAAAAGUUUUGAGAGCUAAACGUGCUAGUCAUGAUUCUCAUUUUGCUAGAAUCUGGGAUUAUCAAGCAGAGGUUUUGUUGCGGAAUCCGGGGACAGAGUUCAACAUAGAGACAGUUGCAGGACCAGUGAUUGGAAGCAAGCAGAGAUUUUAUCGGUUAUAUAUUUGUUUUCAAGCUCAAAGGGAGUCAUGGAAACAAACUUGUAGACCCGUCAUAGGGAUAGAUGGAGCUUUUCUGAAAUGGGACAUAAAAGGACAUCUAUUAGCCGCAGUUGGAAGAGAUGGUGACAAUCGGAUUGUUCCUAUUGCUUGGGCUGUAGUGGAGAUAGAAAAUGAUGACAAUUGGGACUGGUUUUUGAGACAGCUCGCUACAAGCUUGGGGCUUUCUGAAAUGACUGAUCUAGCAAUCAUUUCAGAUAAACAAUCGGGUUUAGUAAAGGCUAUCCAUACCAUUCUUCCGCAAGCUGAGCAUCGACAAUGUUCAAAACACAUCAUGGAUAACUGGAAAAGAGACAGCCAUGACAUUGAGCUACAACGUCUAUUUUGGAAGAUAGCUCGCAGCUACACCGUAGAAGAGUUCAAUAAUUACAUGGCAGACCUAAAGAGGUACAAUAUCCAAGCCUACACAUCUCUGCAACUUACUAGUCCGGUUACUUGGUCUAGAGCCUUCUUUAGAACAGGCACAUGUUGCAACGACAAUCUCAACAACUUGAGUGAGUCUUUCAAUCGGACCAUCAGACAAGCUAGGCGGAAGCCAGUGUUGGAUCUUCUAGAGGACAUCAGAAGGCAAUGCAUGGUGAGAACAGCCAAAAGGUUUAUCAUUGCUGACAGGUGCAAAACAAAGUUCACACCGAGAGCUCAUGCUGAGAUUGAGAAGAUGAUUGCUGGAGUCCAAAAUACACAGAGAUACAUGUCUAGGGAUAAUUUGCAUGAGAUAUAUGUCAAUGGGGUUGGCUACUUUGUUGAUAUGGAUUUAAAGACAUGUGGCUGCAGGAAAUGGCAGAUGGUUGGGAUCCCAUGUGUUCAUGCAACAUGUGUGAUAAUAGGGAAAAGGGAGAAGGUUGAAAGCUAUGUGAACGACUACUACACAAGAAAUAGGUGGCGAGAAACCUAUUUCCGUGGUAUUAGGCCUGUCCAAGGGAUGCCAUUGUGGGGUAGAUUGAAUAGGUUGCCUGUCUUGCCACCACCAUGGAGAAGAGGCAAUGCCGGAAGGCCAAGUAAUUAUGCAAGAAGGAAAGGACGAAAUGAAGUUGCCUCUUCUUCAAAUCCGACCAAAAUGUCAAGGGAAAAGAGGAUCAUGACAUGCUCUAACUGCUUGCAAGAAGGGCACAACAAGCAAUCAUGCAAAAAUGCUACUGUUUUAAGUCCACCACCGAGACCAAGAGGUCGACCAAGGAUAAAUCAGCUUUUGCACCGAAAGAAAGGCCUUCCAGGGUUCUUCGCCGUGCUCGAUGUUAACAUGACGACAAAAGCUAAAAUCACAAAACCGCAAAGCAAAUCGGCGAUGGCACCGAAGAAGUGGUGGACAACCGUCAGAACCCACAUACUUCCAGUGACAACCCUCCUAUUUCCACAGUCUUCUAGUGAAGAAGAGAAAUGUGGCUCAUCUGGAGAAGUAUCUGAGUCUUCCAAGAAGCCUGAAUCCGAUUCGGAGCCUGCUCAGACGAUGGAGCUGACGCCUGUUGUGACCAAACCAAUUCCAGACAAGUCUGGAUCUGACGCGACUGUACCUGAGAGUUCAACGGCUAAGCGUCCUUUGAAGGAAGCUGCUUCUUCUGAAGCUAUUAAGAAGCAGAAGACAUCGGAGACUGAGCAUGUGAAGAAGCCGACAACAAAUGAUGAGGUUAAGAAGAUUUCUGGAGAUGAUGGGAAGAAGUUGUUUCAGAGAUUGUUCAGCGAGGCUGAUGAAAUCGCAUUGCUUCAAGGUAUUAUUGAUUUCAAAGGAGAUCCUUCUGAUAUUGAUGGUUUUUGCAUUUACGUUAAGGACUUGAUCGAUUUCAAGGCUACCAACAACCAAAUCGUUACCAAACUUAAGAGGUUGAAGAAGAGGUUUAAAAAUACUGUGAGUGACGAUGAGAUUCAAUUUGAUAAAGAUUUUGAGCAGAAACGCUUUGAAUUGUCGAGAAAGAUUUGGGGAAACAAUGGUGAUUUGACUUCUAAAUCAUCAAAGAAGAAACAUGGAGGAACCCCUGCCCCGAAAGAGAUGAAGAAACCGGAAAAAUCAGAGACGAACACAAGUCUCUCCAUUGGUAAAGAGAUAGCGUCGUUCUUCAAUGCGAGUUCUUGUGGUUUGGAUGAAUCAACAAUAACUGCGGGUUGGGCAAAGGUUGCGGAUGGAGCAGAGAAGAGAGAAGUGGAGGAAAAAUGGAAGAAGCUCAAGGGUAAGGAGUAUGAGCUAUGUUUGCAGAGGUCUGAACUCCUGAACAAGCUCAAGGGUAAGGAGUUUGAGCUUUGUUUGCAGAGGUCUGGACUCGUGAACGAAACUGCACAGAUGAUACUCAAGGCCUUAUAAUCCUGAGCGUUUGUCUUUUUACUU